AUGAGGUGUAGAGCGCUCGGGCCUCCAGCGCUGGCGCCUCAGCUGCUGACUACAUUGCUAGAAGCAACUUGUCUUAAGAAUAUCUUACAGCUUUUGAUGCACCGAAGAUAUUUUGUUCGCCAUACGGUUUAUAUCAUCUUCGCUAAAGAGGAGAUCCGUAAAGAUGCACGUAUCUUCUUUUAUAACUAUGACUCAUAUUGGAAGAGGGAUGCGGUAUACACACGUCUUACCAGCGUUGGUAAUAGUCUCCUCGAGCACAUUGACGGACAGAUUCACCAGUUCAAGGAUGAGCAGAGUCGACACUUGAUCUUUAUAGGACAUAGUUAUGGGGGUCUAGUGAUUAAAGAAGCGCUUAUUCAAGCUAAGCGGAGACACAAUGUUAACCAUAUUAUGGAGCAAACAAAAGCAAUCUUUUUUCUGGGUACACCGCAUCGCGGGUCCAGCUUUGGCCCGUGGGGUUGGCUUGCGGCAUCUGCUUUGAAACCCCUAGGAUCUAAUCCUCUGAUUCUUGCCAAUCUAGAAUAUGACUCCGUUUUCCUAAGCGAUCUUCACGAGAGUUUCAUAGCUAGUAUACACGAUGACUUACAGGUAGUCAACUUUUUUGAGCAAAGGCCACUUCGUCUUCUUCGAUUAUGGUUCAUCCAGUGGCAGAUAUUUUGUGUCCCCGAGAGAUCUGCUACAUUUGAUGGGAGAACGGUCAGCAAAAUCGGUCUUCCUGUCGACCACUACGGACUUAACAAAUUUGGAUCAAGAAACGAAUGCUAUAAUAGCAUCAAGUCAAAGCUCAUUAAGAUAGUGACUCCUUUAGUUCAACCAGCAAGGCGCCACUAUGCUGUCCCGGUUGAGACAAGACGACACGAAAAUGCCAGUAUUCCAUACGCAGUCACUCUCCAUGGUUUAGGCGGCGCUGGAAAAUCCCAAUUAGCCCUGAAGUAUGCAGAAAGUCACGCGGAUGAAUAUAAUCCAGUUCUUUGGAUUGACGCAACGAGUGAGGAGACCGUCCGAUCAAGUUUUAUCAGAUGUGUAAUGAAGCUCGGACUACCCGAUGAAAGAGGCGACAACGAUAACCUAUCGCUUAUAGAUGACCGGGUCAUUCAAGGUGUCCUUCAAUGGCUUCGUGACCGGAAUGAAAGAGAUGAUGAAUGGCUAGCCAUUGUCGAUAAUGCCGAUGACGUCACCUGGGGCGUUAAGAAGAUCAUGCCGAGGGGAACCCAAGGAAGACUUAUCAUUACUAGCCGCGAUAGCCAAAGUCAUAAGCUGGUGGACAGGGGCUGUGAAGCGGUUCAAAUUGGUGUCAUGUCACCAGAAGAAGCGAGAAUGGUUCUUCUUCGCCACCUACCAGACGAUAUCAAUUUAUCCUUAAACGCUGUUUAA